AUGGCUUCAUUUUUACGUAGUAAUGUGGUUACUCGAUACAUGAAACGACCUUUUUAUCAAAGCAAACGUCAUUCUGGAUAUGUUGUGUUAAUUCCAGAGAUUGGGGAGGAUGGGGACAAGGACACCCUCCUGUCAAACAAUGGCUUACCAGAGUUCAAUGAUAUAACAAUUGAAAAAUGUAUUGCAACAAUCAGUAAACAAAGUAUGGAAUAUGAAAACGGAGUGAGACAAAUUGAAGAGUCUAGUCCAAACUGCAAAAACGCAUUUGUUGAAAUAUUCCAGCCCUUAGAGAAACUGGACAACCAAUUAGAACUAACAUGGGGUAUGGCUAAAACAUUAUAUUUAGGAAACAGCUCCCUCAUGCCAACAAAGUCAUACAUACAAAUACAUCAACGGGCACACAAAGCGAGGUCGGCAAAGUUUAACAGCAUUCCCAUAUUCCAUGCGGCUGUGAAUGAAAAAAACCGUUUGAAGAAAUUAACAGAUGAAGAGCAACGACUUUUAGAUAAAUAUAUACUAGAAGGCAGACUCAAUGGUUUGGACGUUAAAGGAGUGAAGCGGGAAAGACUCAAUAAUGUACUGAAUGAUCAGCAGAAGGAGAAAAACAUUAUAAGGGAGAAAGUUAAUGCUGCAACUAAACUGUUUAGCUGUUUCAUCAAUGAUGAAGAAGUGGCUAAAGAGUUUCCCGAAAACCUUGCUAAGAGCAUGUCUGCCAGUAAUGACGCUAGCAAAGGCCCUUGGAAAUUGACCCUGCAACCUCAUAUUUACGAACCCUUCAUGCAGUACUGUCCAGAUAGAAGUUUACGUUGGAACGCUUGGCAGGCCCAUGUUCAGAGAUGUUCUGGUUAUGGCAAUAAGGAAUUGGAAACUAGUACGCAUAUUGAAAAACUACGUGAUUUUAGAGCCGAACAAGCAAAAAUCUUGGGUUUCGACACCUUCGUUGAUAUGAGUAUGGAAACCAAAAUGGCUGGCUCCAUUGAGAAUGUUACGAAUAUGCUUGACACGCUUCUAACUAACGCUCGUCCAAUGCAAGAUGUUGAGCUGGAAGUGUUAGAACAUUUUGCACACGAAAGGGGAUUCGAUAAUAAACUACAGCUCUGGGAUAUUCCUUACUGGCAAAGGAAGCAGAAAUGGUCAUUAUACAACUUUGACGAGAAUAAAAUCCGUGAAUAUUUCCCACUACCCAAAGUAAUAAACAGUCUGUUCAAUUUAUGCAGCACGCUCUUCAGAAUACAGAUCGUUGAAAGACCAGAGGCGCAUACUUGGCAUAAAGAUGUAAAAUUCUAUGAUAUCUAUGACGAAGACAGUAAUAAACCGAUUUCAGGAUUGUACUUCGACCCUUACGCGAGGCAGGAUGAGAAAAUACGUGUGUAUGACGACGCGGGAUGGCAUGUGUCCAUACGAAAUAAGAGCACAUUUACAAGCACAAACCCACUGUCAGCUUUAAUCUUCAACUUCCAACCGCCGUCAGAUGGGAAACAGUCGCUACUUUCAUUUAAAGAAGUCAAUGUAUUGUUCCAACGUUUUGGACAUUCUUUGAGGCAUUUACUGGCUAGAGCCAAUUAUUCUGAGGUUGCGGGUCUGUCGAACGUUGAAUGGGAUGCGGCUGAAGUAUGCGGUCAAGUGAUGACUCACUGGCUCUAUCAUCCUCACACUAUCCAAGCAAUCAGCGGCCAUUACAGAACUGACGAACCUCUCCCAGAUGAAAUGGUCCAAAACCUGCAGAAUGUUCGCAGACACAUGACGGGUUACGAUUUAUGCCAGGAACUAUAUCUAUCACGUUUAGAUCUAGAAUUACACUCCAAAAAAACUUUCUGGAGAGACAUCGUUCGAGAGUUGUGGCCAAAAUAUAUCGCGCUGCCGUUUGACAAAUACAAUUCACAUGUACUUUCAUUCACUAAGAUUUUCUCUGAGGAAUGGGGCGCGGCCUACUAUUGCCACUUGUGGUCUAAGAUGAUCGCUGCCGAUAUUUAUAGUGCCUUCGAAGAGGCCAGGGAUAGGGAUCAAGAUAUACUGGAAGUGGGUAGGAGAUACAAAGACACUUUCCUUGCAACCGGCGGCAGCUGCCAUCCUAGCGAGGUCUUCAGAAGGUUCCGAGGGAGGGACCCGUCACCACAAGCAUUAUUAAACAACCUUGGACUCAACCAAAAAGUCUUAGAACAAUAG